UAAAAGACCCCGAUGGACCUUAACCAUAGUUAUCGGUCUUUUUUUACUGUUGUUUGAGUUUAUGGUGAUGUUUCUGACGUUUCUGAACUGAAGCGGUCAACUUAACUGUGAAUGGGAUCGUGAGAAGUACCUCGUGCUGUUAUUAUUGUUUGUUAAUUCCCUAUUAAGUGUUGAAGCUAUUGGUUACAUAUUGUCUCCUUAAAGCACAGUAUUUCAACAUGUCUGACCGGAAAGCUGUCAUAAAAAAUGCUGAUAUGUCUGAAGAAAUGCAGCAAGAUGCUGUGGAUUGUGCAACUCAAGCUUUGGAAAAAUAUAAUAUUGAAAAGGACAUAGCUGCUUACAUAAAAAAAGAGUUUGACAAGAAAUACAAUCCUACGUGGCAUUGUAUUGUUGGACGCAACUUUGGAAGCUAUGUGACACAUGAAACAAGACAUUUCAUAUAUUUCUACUUAGGACAGGUUGCUAUUCUUCUGUUUAAAAGUGGAUAAAGAUUUUGGUUAUGUACCAUCAUAUUGUUCAGUGUUUCUAAAAUAAUUCAUGCUCAACAUGAAUUAAAUGUAAUUCUUCUUCAAGUUGGAGAUUUUUCUUGAUUUGUUUAUUUGUGUUUGUUUUCUGUUGACAUAAAAUUAAUACCUUGUGUGUUUAAAAUUUUGAGACAAAUUAAAAGAGAACUAUGUGUUUUUGAGUCUUCUAAAUCUUGAAAUAAAAUUUUAAACAUCCUCCUAAAGUUGCAUAAUUUUUACAUUACAUUCAAAACUUAAAAAAUAACAUUUUUGAUGUUUUUGCCCUUAAAUGUAGCUGGUAUACGAAACUAACAAUUAUAGUGAUUCAACCAAUAUUGUAAGAAUUUUGCUCCUUAGCAGCUGUGUAUACAGAAUUAUAUUCUCGUCAAAAUUAUUGGUAAGAGAUAUCAACAUCUUCCUUAAACAAUUCAUAAUUCUACAUAAUGUAAUAUUCUUGUAAUUCCUUUUUCUUUUGGUAAACAUCAUUUUGCUGGUGUUUAGUUUGAAAACUGGUUUACUCUGUUGAGUUAUAUUACCAAUAUUUCCUUUGUGUUAUUUAAAUUAAUUGUUAUAAGAAUAUAGUUAUUUAUUCCGAAAA